AUGUUCUGGUCCAAAGAAAAAGACUUCAACCCCAGAGACAUGCCCUCUCUUGAAGGAAAAGUCAUCCUCGUCACAGGCGGCACCGCCGGUCUAGGCAAAGAAUCUGUCCUCCAAUUCGCUCACCACAAUCCCCAACGCAUCUAUCUCUGCGGCCGAAAUCUCCAGAAAGCACAGGUCACAGCACAAGAUAUCCAGCACGCUGUCCCUUCCGCUUCAAUCAGACUCCUCCACCUCGAUCUUUCCUCAUUUGCCUCUAUCAAAGAAGCAGCGCGGAUCGUGCUCUCGGAAUGUGAAAGGCUUGAUAUCCUGAUGCUCAAUGCUGGCACCAUGUUUGUCCCUCUUGAUCGUACCGCAGAUGGGUAUGAGAUCCAGUUUGGCACGAAUCAUAUGGGUCAUGCCCUUUUUACCAAGUUACUUAUCCCGCUGCUCGAUAAAACAACACGUAUACCCGGUGCGGACGUAAGAGUUGUUUCUCUUGCGUCACAUGGACACGUCUAUCUCAAUAAAGGCGGUAUCAACUAUGAUGCCCUCAAGACUGAUGGCCAGUCGAUUGGUCUUUAUCAGUGCUACUACCAGAGCAAACUUGCCAACAUCCUCUGGGCGCGCCAACUGGCCAAGAAGUAUCCGCGCUUUACAGUAUCUGCUAUCGAUCCUGGGCUGGUGAACACGGAGUUGUUGGUGAAGGCGGCGGGGAUGGUUUGGUAUUUGUAUGCAGUGGUGAGGUGCAUGCUGAUCACGCCUGUUGCAAAGGGGGUUAAGAAUCAGCUCUGGGCGUCGGUUGGGGAGGGUGUUCUUAGUGGAGAGUACUACGAGCCAGUUGGGAAGCAUGGUUUGGCGACGGAGGAGGGGAGGGAUGAUGAGUUAGCAGAGGAGCUUUGGGACUGGACUGAGAGGGAGUUGACAGCGGUUCUGGAGUAA